CUUUGGCUCAGAGAAUUUCUCCUCCUUUUUUGGCUUCUUUUAUUCCCCCCCCUUUCUCUUUCCCCUCUCUACACCCAGCUCUGUGUGUGUGUGUGUGUGUGUGUUCGAGAGAGAGAGAGAGAGAGAGAGAGAGAGGGGGGGAGGGAGAGAGCUCAAUCUCUCUCUCUAGCACCAGGGGAAAGAUCGGAUCUUGGGAUGUGAACAUUUUGCUUGUGCCUUUCGCGUGUCGUUGCGAAGGUCGUAGCCGAAUCCGCGAUCUCUGGGUUCGUCUCAUUUUCGGUUUCUAGAUGCAUUUGUGACGUUGGUUCUCCCUGGAUCUCUCACCAAGAGCGCCAAAUUUGCGAUUUUUGAUCAACGAGUUUUUGGUUCUUGUUCUCUUCUUAUUUUUUUGGAGAGUGAAAUAUACUUGGGAGGCCUAGAUUUCGGCGAUGGAUAGAUCCGGCGCGAACGCUGUCGGCGCGAUGAGUUCAAUGAGCUCUCAAGGUGUUCCGAUGGAGGGAGUGAAAUUUUCGACGGAGACCGGGGACACGAAUCGAAGGGCGUUGAGGGACAUUAAGAAUCUAAUGGGAGCCCCCAUCUAUCCAUGUGCAGUGAGCAAGAGGGGAUUAUCAGAUAAGGCUACUGUGGAUUGUAAGAACCAAGGUGUAAUCUUAGGACAUCGCCCGAUGACAAGGAAAUAUGCUGCAACCCUUGCAAACAAAGCAAAAAUUUGUCACCAGGAACCCACUGAGAAUAAUGAGAGGCAGAAGAGAUCAGCAACAUCAGCUCAAAUUUCGAACGCUUUUAAUGCUUCGAAUGCCGCAUAUGAUGAAGAUCAUCAAUCAGGAGAUGAGUUUCCGUUGCCAAUGAUGGAAGAAAUGGUGAGCACUGAGCUAAAGGAGAUUGAAAUGGAAGAUCUUGAGGAGGAUACGGCGGUUCCGGACAUCGACAGCUUCGAUUCCAAGAACCCACUUGCAGUGGUUGAUUAUGUGGAGGACAUUUAUAACUUUUACAGAAAAGAUGAGAACUCAGGCUGUGUAAGUCCUAAUUACAUGGCUAACCAGUUCGACAUUAACGAAAAGAUGCGCGCGAUUCUCAUCGACUGGCUCAUAGAGGUGCACUAUAAGUUUGAACUCAUGGAUGAGACACUGUUCCUCACAGUGAACAUCAUAGACCGAUUCUUGGCGCGCCAAAACGUCGUGAGAAAGAAGCUUCAGCUAGUCGGAGUCACCGCCAUGCUUCUCGCAUGCAAGUACGAGGAAGUGACCGUGCCCGUUGUGGAGGAUCUGAUCUUAAUAUCUGACCGCGCAUACACGCGAAAAGAAGUGCUUGAAAUGGAGAGGUUGAUUGUCAACACACUGCAGUUCAAGAUGUCAGUGCCAACACCUUAUGUCUUCAUGAGAAGGUUCCUCAAAGCAGCUCAAUCUGACAAAAAGCUAGAGCUUCUCUCCUACUUCAUCGUCGAGCUCUGCCUCGUCGAAUACGACAUGCUCAAGUUCCGGCCUUCGUUGUUAGCCGCUGCCGCAGUUUACACUGCUCAAUGUGCAAUUAAAGGGUACAAGCACUGGGAUAGAUCUUGUGAGAUGCACACAAGAUACUCAGAAGAUCAGCUUCUAGAAUGCUCCAAAAUCAUGGUGGAAUUUCAUAAAAAAGCAGGACAAGGGAGGCUCACUGGUGUACAUAGAAAAUACAGCACAUUCAAGUUUGGGUAUACUGCAAAAUUAGACCCUGCACUCUUUUUACUGGGGACAAAUAACAUCUAAUGGCUUCUUCUUACUGAGGAAUAGAAUAAUGAUUCAAAGCAAUUAACAUUUAAUCUGGGAGAUGAUUGUGGAAUGCAACAACUGUUGCAGGAUUUGAAGAUGAUUGUGAUGGGUGUGGAUUGCAUUUUAAUUUAGUGUAGAAUGGAGCUAACUAGUUGUUGGUGAUUUUAGGGAAGUUUCUGAUUGGAUUUAGUGUAGUUUUUUCUCUCUUUCUUUUUUUUUUUUUUUAGUGUAUGCAUGGGAGGACUGAUUUGCUAAUUCUGGCUUGAUUCAACAAGGAAUAAAUGAAUCUGAACUCUA